AGCAGCUCUUAUUAUUCUCCGCCGAUCCUCCAAAAUCAAUUUUGAAGCCCUUUUCCUCUCUUUCGCUCAUAAGUAAAGAAGAUGAAGAGAGUCUUCGGCGUUAGGAAAGACAAGGAACCGUCAGCGUCUAUUCAAGAUGCCUCCGAUAGGAUAAAUAAAAGAGGGGACAAUGUAGAUGAGAAGUUGAGGAAGCUGGAUGCUGAGCUGAUUAGGUACAAAGAACAAAUAAAGAAGACAAGACCUGGCCCUGCUCAAGAGGCUAUUAAAGCUCGAGCCAUGAGGAUUCUCAAGCAAAAACGAGUGUAUGAAGGGCAACGUGAUAUGCUUUACAGUCAGAUGUUCAACCUCGAUCAAGCCAAGGGUCUUAAGGAUGCUCAACAAACAGAGCAGAAAUCAGGACAAUCCAGUCGGAGCUUUUUCAGUACCCUUUUUGGAAUCGGCUGCCUACCUCAUGAAAGGUAGGAGAUAUACCAUUUGUUGCUGUGGAGAAGUUCCUUCAUUGAAUAUGUUGUAGAACUUGAUACUCUGGAAACUGACAUGACAGUGAAGCUAAUGGUGUUCCCUCUUAUCUUCAACCUGAUAAGGAGGAACGGGAUUUGGAUGCAGAGCUCGAUUUGCCUGCUGUGCCCACAGGACAUACAACAGCUGCCAUGGGUGAGGACGAACUAGGUGUGCCUACCGAUCCUAGAGCAUCUCUCCGUAGUUCGAUUGGUCGGCUACUACGUGACACUGCAUGCAAUAGAGGUGCAAGGUGAACGGGGCCUGCCCAUUUGAACAUAUUGUGCAGAGUUAACUUCUACCGCUGGUAGUUCAGUUGAAUUGGCAAUAUUAUUGCAUCUAUUUAUGAGUUACAAAUGGCAUCAUUUGUCCAAGGACUAGUUUCAACUAGAUUGGGUUGUUCGAGGCUAUCUAGAUGGACCGACAGUCUAACCCUGAUUGGUUUGGGCUAGCCUUGAUAGUCGGACCUGCAGUCCAACUCUUUCAUUAGGGUCCAUAUAAUACUGGGAUUGAAUUUGGGGUUAUCUUUGUUCAGUAUCGGGUUGGAGGAGAGGAACCAUAUCGCCAUCCAAUUUAAUGCCAGAAGGAAGGACAAAUUACAAUUUGAUUUGAGAUUUUCAAACCCAAGCAAAGGACAAACUUACAAUUGGAUUGAGAUUUUCAAACCUCUGAGAUGUAAAAUCGAAAUUACGUAAACCAAAAGGAUUUAUUUUGCAACUUAAGCAAGUA